CGCGACCAUAUUGAGGCUAUCCAUCUCAUUAUCGAACGCGUACCAUGGCCUUCUCUUUCGGAAACACCGGUGCUAAUCAGCAAGGUACCGGUUUCGGUAGCUUUGGCGCAAACCAAAACACAGGAUCCACCUUUGGGUCGUCUACUGCAACGCCGGCAUUCGGAACGCAAACAUCGGCGGCACCCACAACUGGAUUUUCAUUCGGCAGUUCGACCACGCCAGCCAGCACCACCACGGGUGGUGGAGGACUUUUUGGCGCAUCCACCACUCCUUCCAACACCGCAUUUGGUAGCUCCACCAAUCCACCUGCCACUGGCAAUGCCGGUUUUGGAGGAUUUGGUGCAUCCAAUGCUGGCACCGGAUUCGGUGCUUCAGCCAACAAAGGAUUUGGUUCGACAGCCACCUCGGCUCCUGCCACUGGUCUCGGUGGCUUCGGUACGUCGGCCGCAUCCGCACCCGCAUCGACAGGCAGCGCCGGCUUUGGUUCGUUUGGCACCGCGACAGCACCUACAUCGACCGGUUUUGGCGGCUUUGGCACAUCUACGACGCCUGCUACUUCAGCUACCACGACGACGACGACACCUGCUUUUGGUGGAUUUGGAGGUUUCGGUUCUACCGCGGCAACGACAACGACAAGCGCUCCUGCCACGACAGGUGCGACGAAUUCAUUGUUUGGAGCCAAACCAAGCACUCCAGGAGGCUUCGGCUUUGGACAAACCAGCAGCACACCUGCUUCAACAACAGCGACGUCCACCCCCGCUUCCGGUCUUGGCGGCGGUUUCUCCUUUGGAAAUACCAACACAACUACCACUUCUACUGCGGCAUCGGCUCCUAAAACUUUUUCGCUCGGCGGUGCUUCUACAGCUUCGAGCCAGCCUGCCUCGUCUGCUCCCAGCCUGGGAGGUAGCUUUGGUGGCGGCAGCUUGUUUGGAGCCAAAUCGACACCAGCUUCCACGGCUACUUCCACAGCUACUACUACAGCCUCAGGAACGGCUUCGAUCCUAGGCAAUAGCGCUCCUACAUUGACAUCACAACCUACAGUAUCUGCAGCUGGUAGCGGCGCCAAUGCCGCCGGUACAACAUCCGCUUCUGCUCCUGUGGUCGCUCCCACUCCAUCCUCGCUCAAGAAUAAGACCAUGGAAGAAAUCAUGAAUAUGUGGACAAAGGAUCUCGAAAAAUACACCAAACUGUUCCAUCAACAGGCAGCUCAAGUAUCUGAAUGGGAUCGACAUUUGAUCGCCAAUGGCAGUCAGAUCUCCAAACUUCACGAUGAAGUGACCAAAAUCGAAAUGACACAACGAGAGAUUGAUCAGAAUCUGGACUAUGUCAAUACACAACAAGAUGAAUUGAGUAACAUACUUGAUAACUACGAAAAACAGAUCAAAGAAACGAUGGAAGAGAGCAACUUACAGCAACCUAUGCAGCCAGCGGAUAUCCAAAGAGAAAAGGCGUACACACUUGCAGAGAAUUUGAACGGUCAACUGGACGAUGUCAACCGUAACCUUACCAUCAUGAUUGAAGAAAUUAACAAGAUGGGUGGUGCGCAACAAUCGGCUGUUGAUGAAGACGGUGAUGUGGUAAGUUGUCUUGUACGAUACAAGAUGCGAGAAUUUCGGUGACAUGUAUUAAUUUCUUGGAAUGGCGAAUGUAGGUGGGCCAGAUUGUGAAGAUUC